ACCGGAGAAGGGAAAGUAAGUCUUCACUUUAUCUUCCGACACUGAGUGAGAAGGGAGCCCCUCUCUCUCCUCUCUCCCCCUUCUCUCUCUCCUGAGCUGACAUUAGCAUUCCUCUCUGAAAUAUGUAGAUAUAUACGUUAUACAUUUAAUAAAUCCCGAAAUCUAUAGAGACCCAAAAUGAUCUCUGGGUUUCUAAUUCGGAACCCUAGAAUUGAUAAAUGGACAAGUGAUCUGGAACCGAGCUUUGUAUCGGAACCAAAAGUUGCCUAGAUUCUCUUUUGAAUCAACCACAAUCCGUUCAACGCGUCCUUUAUUUAACUUCAGUGAACUGAAUUUAGGUAUCCUAUCAAUUGCCCUGGGAUUCUAUUGCCAGUUUCCAUGUUGACACAGGGUUAGUGGAUCCAUGGACUGUGUGAAGACCGUUGCUCGUCUUAAGGGUUCUUUCUAUCAUCGCUUAUUAUUAUUCACCAUCUGGCUAUCCAGUUUCCAUGAUGUAGUGGCAGUGCUAUCACAAACUGAACCAAGUCACAUAUCUUCCACAUCUGAGCUAGCUAGCCCACCUAGUAGUGUACACUUUGAACCCAUAGAAAUAUCACCUGCUGUCAUUCCACAUUAUCCUUUCCCGGAGGAACCUUUGUCACCAAUGUACCCUUCCUUUCCAACCACUUAUGAUCCAGUUUUGACUGGGAGAUGCCCUGUAAAUUUUUCUGCUGUUUCAAGUAUCAUGGAUAAAACAGCUUCUGAUUGUUCCCAACCUUUAGCAGCGUUUGUAGGAAAUGUUAUAUGUUGCCCACAGAUCAGCAGUUUGCUUCACAUAUUCCAGGGAUAUUAUAGCACCAAAUCUGAUAAAUUAGUUUUAAAAACUGCAGCGGCUAAUGAUUGUUUUACAGAUAUAGUUAAUAUAUUAGCCAGCAGAGGAGCAAACAGCUCAGUGCCUACUAUUUGCUCUGUAAAAUCAGCAAAUCUUACUGGUGGGUCUUGUCCUGUGAAGGAUGUAACCACCUUUGAGGAAACAGUGAACACAAGCAAAUUAUUAGAGGCUUGCAGCACAGUUGAUCCUCUAAAAGAGUGCUGCAGACCAGUUUGCCUGCCUGCUAUCAUGGAGGCUGUACUUCAAAUCUCAAGGACACAGUCGAUGAUCAGUGACGAUAAAAAUAUUGUUCGAGAGCCGAAUCAUAUUGAUGCUCUGAUUGAUUGUAAAGGGGUAGUGUAUUCAUGGCUCUCUAGGAAACUCCCGUUGGACGUUGCCAAUUCAGCAUUUAGAAUAUUAUCUUCCUGCAAAGUUAACAAAGUCUGCCCUUUGGAUUUUAAGAAGCCAUCAGAAGUAAUUAAAGCAUGCCGUAAUGUUGCUGCUCCCAAUCCUUCGUGUUGUAGCUCAUUAAAUACUUAUAUUGCUGGGAUACAAAAACAAAUGUUAAUCACAAAUAGACAAGCUAUAAUAUGUGCAACGGUGUUUGGGUCCAUGCUACAAAAAGGUGGUGUUAUGACAAAUAUUUAUGAGCUUUGUGAUGUCGAUUUGAAAGAUUUUAGUCUCCAAGCAUAUGGACAAGAAGCAGGGUGUUUGCUUCGAAGCUUGCCUGCAGAUUUGGUGUAUGACAAUUCAACAGGCUUAAGCUUUCAGUGUGACUUGAGCGACAAUAUUGCAGCUCCAUGGCCUAUGUCAUCAUCUAUUUCAACCUUGUCUCUUUGUGCUCCUGAAAUGUCAUUGCCUGCACUACCAACAUCAGAGACUUUGGGAAAUCCUGGUACUCGUGGCUGCUCAGAAUCUCUUGUACUCACUUUUUCCAUUUUUGUUCUCAGUACAUUGUUGUACUGAAUAGAUUUAGCUGAAAAAUGAGUCUGAUUUUGGGGGACUGUUGAAAAUUUGAUUGUGUAGCCCAUGUUGUAUGUAUAUUUUGAGUAUACUCCCACUUUCUUCUUCUUUUUUUUUUUUCUUUUUUUUUUUUUU